AUGGACUCUGGCACGCCACCAUUAGCAGCAGCUGUGCAUCCAGCAAUAGUACCACUCUCAUAUCUGCUGGGGACAUGGAGGGGCCAAGGGGAAGGUGGCUAUCCCACCAUCAACUCUUUCUCUUACGGAGAAGAGCUCCAUUUCUCUUCCAAUCCUGGCAAGCCUGUGAUAGCUUAUACUCAAAAGACAUGGAAACUCAAUUCUGGGGAACCUAUGCAUGCUGAGAGUGGUUACUGGAGACCCAAGCCUGAUGGUACUAUUGAAGUUGUCAUUGCUCAGAGCACCGGCCUUGUUGAAGUCCAGAAAGGGACUUAUAAUGCACAAGAUAAAACGAUCAAGCUUCAAAGUCAACUGGUGGGCAAUGCUUCUAAGGUGAAAGAGAUAAGUAGAGUUUUUGAAUUGAUUAAUGGAGAUUUAUCGUAUACGGUUCAAAUGGCUACCAACCUAACUGGUCUCCAACCACAUCUGAAAGCUGUGUUCAAGAAGCUCUAA